AUGUGUUCACGAUUAAGAACUUAUGCCAUUCGUAAAUUACCCCAAUAUGAUGUUGAAUUAUGUUAUGAAUCAGGAUGUGAUAUUAUUACAAUGAUACAAUGGUUACGCACACCUGAAGGUCAAAGUACGCGUCGUCGAUAUCCAUUACAAGCAACACAAACUACACCAACGACGACCACAACAUUACAAAUUAAUGAUAAUAAUAAUAUGUAUAUCCAACGGCAAUAUCAACCUCAUCGAAAUAAUUAUUAUCAACAACAAAAUAGAAUAAGGUCAGUAACAACUCCUUUAAAUAAUAUUAAUAGUACUCAGCCCUUCUUAGUUAUUCCGGAUAGAGUAGUAGAACACUGGAAUAGAAAUUAUAAUAGACAACAUCCCAAUUUUCCAUCGAGAUCUUUGAUCCAGUUUUAUCCCCACAAGUUAAGGACAAAAGAACAGUUUUUUAGAGAUAAUCAACCCCCGAAAGAGAUAGAAAACGAAAAAGAAAAGGUAUUUUUAAUAGCUAAUAUGUAUUACCAACAGAGACACUAUGAAGAAGAGAGUAAGAAAUGGAAAAUAUAUGAACAGGUAGCUAGUCGUAAGGAACAAACCCCAAAUAGAGAUGGAGAUGAUAUUUUAAUGGUAGACACUGAAGAAAUACCCCAAGCAAGACCCUUCCGAGAAAGAUACUCAGCAAUCCUUAAUAUGACAGUUAGCGAUACAGAUAGUCAGAGUAAUGAAAAUAGUAAUAGUGAGUACCAGGAAGAAACUAGCGAUAAUAAUGAGAAUAGUGAGACGGAUGAAGAAGAUAGAAAGAAAAGAAAGUUAAGAGAUAUUAGCAUAUCACCCACAUCCAAGGAAAAAACAGAUAAAAUUAGUAUAAGAAAGAAAAAAUCAAAAUGUAAGAAGAAAAAGAAAGUUCCCAUCGAAAAUGACCCACGAGCCCCAGAAGGUAGCCCCGUUUUAUUAGUGAGUGAAAAUAAUAGUAAAGAACAGAUACCCCAAAUAGAAAAAAAGAUAAGACCAGAUAUUCCAG